GUAUCGGAGUCGGUGAAGUUGGGGACGACGAGCUUUUCCUAUUAAUAUGUCCAGCCCUAAGCGAAGGUACUUUUUCUUUGUGGUCAGAACUGGUCGACUUGGCGUAAGUGGUAGGAGAAGACAUCGCCGCCGCCGGCUUCCAUGGGAGAUGAGACGAUUGGCCGGCUGUUCCGGAUCCGGCGGACGGUGAUGCAGAUGUUGAGGGAUCGGGGCUACCUGGUGGUGGACUUCGAGAUCAACAUGACCAAGCUCGACUUCCUCCACAAGUUCGGGGAGGGCGUCAAGCGCGAGGAUCUCCUCAUCAACAAGUCCAGGAAGAACGACCCCACUGACCAGAUAUAUGUUUUCUUUCCAAAUGAUGAGAAGGUUGGUAUGAAGCACAUUAAAAAGUAUGUUGAAUUAAUGAAAGCAGAGAGUGUGCCAAGAGCAAUAUUAGUUCUUCAGCAAAAUCUGACUCCAUUUGCAAAAUCAUAUCUUCAAGAGCUAUCACCGAAGUAUCAUCUGGAGGUUUUUCAGGAGGCUGAGCUGCUGGUGAACAUUAAAGACCAUGUGCUUGUUGCAGAGCAUCAGAUGCUUACUAACGAGGAAAAAAAGACUUUAUUAGAGCGUUAUACUCUAAAAGAAACUCAGCUUCCUCGUAUUCAAGUUACUGACCCCAUUGCAAGAUACUAUGGUCUUAAGCGCGGACAAGUCGUUAAGAUCAUUCGCCCCAGUGAAACUGCAGGGAGAUAUGUUACCUACAGAUACGUCGUGUAGCUGCACCAGAGAUUGCCUAUGUUGUAAGGCAAACGAUUUCAAUAGUUUGAUUAAGGUCUUACCCACCAAAUGAACUUACUAGCAAACCAUAAAUGCUACAUUGUUAAUGUUGUAUUUUUACUGAAUAAACAAAUAAAUAAAAGCUACAUUGUUAAUGUUGUAUUUUUACUGAAUAAACAAAUAAAUAAAAGCCUUGUGUGACUGUGUGGAAAAUAUUUAUUAAAUGCUUUUACUGUGAUA